CACCGCUGCACUCCACAUGGCCCGCGAGCUCGCCAGCUAUAAUCAGUACACAGCGCGCGAUAGAACACAUUUGACUCAUGCCGCCCGUAGAGUGCACGUCUUUGGUCAACGGUGCCCAGGCACCCCAACUCCAAGCCCUCUCACCCCUCGUGGAUGAGUUCAACUACAACCCCUUUUUCAUGGAUCAUCAGCAACAGGUUUUCCUGUCCAGUGCAGCCCUGCCAGAGCACUACCUCCACCAUAAUUUGAAUAUGAAUUUCAACUCUGCUGAUUCGUACGACUUCAGUUUUGAUCAAAACUACCCAACUUCCAACGACAACUUUCACCCAAAUAGUUUCGAAACAGAAACUUCUAGCAUUUUCAAGAGUUCAUGUGACGUGCUUGAGGGAAAGGACACCAGCAGCAUGUCGAUGCCAUCCACCGCCAACUGCAAAGAAAUUCCACUCUCGUCACUAGAAAUCGACACGUCAGAAUAUGAUAAGAAACCAGACACGAACAACCUGUGGAACAAAAAGGCUGUCGUCGACUGGUUCGUCCAGUAUGGUGCGGACACCGCAAGGUUGCAGGAGCUGCAGUUCUCCAAUGUGUCCGACCUGUACCGAAUGCUCACCAACGACAUUGAAAUGUUUGCCGAGAAACUCGGCAUCUCGGCGCCAACCCUUCAAAAGGCCUGCGACGAGCUCUACUCGUACAACCCUCACUCGUCCGGUUACAUUCCAGACGGACACGUUUUCAAUAAUGGUAACCACGAGAUGUUGCACGAAGUCAAGCAGGAAAGCAGUUCACAAAUGGACUACCCGUGGGCACAACAGGGCUACAGCUACAAGGAUGAUGAAUACACAUCAGAAGACGAUGCUGAAGAUUUUGAGCAGGAAAAACCAGCAGUGCAAGUGCCCCGUCGCACCGGCAAGAGAGGAAGGCCGCCCAGCAUUAUGAGCAAGGCAAAACGCAGAGAAAAGAGCCACGGAAAACUUUGGGAAUUCAUCCGCGAUCUCCUGAAGGAACCCAAGUACUGCCCUAGUCUCAUCUGCUGGGAGAACCACGAAGAGGGUGUCUUCCGAUUCGUCAGCAGCGAAAAAGUUGCCAAGCUGUGGGGUGACAAGAGGAAAAACUCCAACAUGACUUACGAGAAGCUGAGCCGAGCCAUGAGGACCUACUACAUCCGACAAAUCCUUGUACCCGUUCCUAAAACCGGUAGAUAUCCCAAGAAGUUAGUCUACAAAUUUGGUCCCAAUGCACAUGGCUGGAAAAGCCAAGACUAUUCGACUUCGUACACAUAUUAUUGAUCUCAUACGUAUUACUACAAGAGCAAAAUUCUCCAACCAGUAACUCACAGAAGGUUAGUCUACAAAUUUGGGCCCAACGCCGUCAACUGGAGGUGUGAAAACCCAAAUUUCGCACGGCUGUCUUGAACACCAAAAUCAGCGGAGUUCUCCGACCCCACUCAAUUGAUCUCUAAGCGAGAUGCGACUGAUCUAAAAACAAGAAUGCUCAUUUAGAAUAUCAAACCAUUGGCCCAGCCAAAUGGAAUCCCAAAGUAUGUUGUUUCAACACAAGAAGCAACGCCACCCGUCAAAAACGACAGCCGUUGCUCUUCCUGCGGAGUUGCUGUUUGGAUGUAUUUGUUGCUCUCUUACAUAAUGCGAGAUGUCUCUUCCAUCAACUUUGAUAUAAUUAAUUUAUAAAUCACUUGUGUAAUUUGUAAAUGUUUCUCAAUAGUGUUUCCUUCAUCCUCAUUGUCAUGAAUUUAUGUUCCUGAGUAUAUGUUCUUAAAAGACACAAGAAUCGUUGAAUGUAUUAUAAUAUUAAAUUAUAUUGUCCGAUCCUCCUUCUAAGUGUUUAAGUUGUGUGAGCAGCAAUGCUGCCGAUUUCAUCGAACUACAUUCCAUGAGUUGGAAUAUUAUAUCGUACUGUCUUCUACUCUACAACGUUUUCUGUCAAACUUAUUAUUUAAUGCUGAAGGAAUCAAAGUUUGACAAAGAGCUUGGAAUUUUUGCAAGUACUUAUUAAAUAUAAGAGGAUUCACAGCGUGUUGCGUGGCCUCAAUGCCAAAGGCCAACAUAUUCCAAUUGAAGCAAGAGUUUCUUGUAUUUUUGAUUAUUCAUGUAAUAAAAUGUUGCUAAUUUGACCAUAAUAAUUCUGUAUUUUUCAAUA